UACGCAAGGAAACACACCAAUCAUUUUAUUACACAAUGGACUUUUACCACCUUAUCCCUGAAGGCUGUCAUGCUGUUCCGCACGAAAGACUCGAUCUCCGCCCAGAUGAAGAUAUCGAUUCUGAGCUACAGAGUGUGAGACCUGUCGUCAGUCAGAAAAACGUAUGGUUUUUCUGGCAUGCUGGGUUUAGCGCCUUACACCCUUACACAAAGCGUAACAUUCGGACCUGGCAUCGUCGAUUUUCGAAGAAGGGCUGGACGAUCCGCGUAGUUAGCUGCCACCCUAGCGAUGCCUUGAAUAUCGCAAAUCUUCUAGACAUAAAAGACCGGAAAUUGUUUCCUACUGCUUUUGUGGAAGGAACAAUAGGUGGAAAGUACGCCGCGCAACACACCUCUGAUCUUGUCCGCUGGCCUCUGUUACUCAAAUAUGGCGGCAUUUACGCGGACGUUGGGAUGAUACAGAUUGGGGAUAUAGAUCGUCUGUGGAAUGAAACAAUCGGAAACCACUCUUCUGAUCACGAAGUUCUGAGCUACAGAGGCCCACAACAGCAGGGAAGGAAUCUUACAAACUACUUCCUUGCUUGUAAACCAGGCAAUGAACUCUUCGCUCGUUGCCACAGACUUUUUCUCAAGCUUUGGGAGGGUCGGACAGAUACUGUAGGACUGCACGCACAUCCAUUACUCGAAGGUGUUCCUUUGCAGGGUGGGUCUUUCGAGAUAAGAGAAGAAGGAAAGCCUAUUAUCAAUAAAGAGGAAGCUGGAAAGAUGCUGACAGACUACAUUAUACAAGGCCAGGUCGUCAGCAUGGUCAUGGGUCUGGUUGAUGAAGUAGAAGGAUGGAAUGGGCCAGACUACGUUAAAGAUCACGUGUACGGAAUCGACUUCAUGAGUGGGAGUCAGCUCAUUAACGAGUUGACUAGCUGGAAUGGAAGGGCACAAUUUGAGUUGAUGUCAACAAAGAUGCCAGCGCAAGGGGCAAAAGAAGAUGACGAGCAGAAGAAAGCAAGGAAAAUCAUCCAGACAGUGUUACAGAACAGCUGGGGUUUUAAAUUGGCCCACGGAAUGAUAUUGGCUGUAUAUAAGGAGACGUUGGGAAGUCUUUGGAGGGAUAAUGAAGGUUCUGAUGUUGCUGAUGGAACAUAUGCAGCAUGGUUCAGACACGCAACGUUAUAUUGGGACCAGGAUGCACUCCCCUGUAAAGUUGAAUUCCCAGAUACUCAACCUUGGAAGAGGGGUGCAUUACUAGAUGAAAAAUAGAUUUUCUGUAUGUUCAGACUGGUAAAUAAGUUCAAUGUGUCCAAACACUACGCU